AUGUCUAACCGUGAUUACUACGGCAAUUACACUCCGGAGAACUUGUCUUCUCAAGACAAGACUCAGCAAAUGGGCUCCAUGCAGAACUCAGAGUUCCUCGCGAACCAGAAUCACGAGCAACAACUGGGCGAGCAGAAUCCCUACAAUCAACAGAAUCAAUGGAAGGAUUUUGAACAAGGCCCUGCCGGUGUAACACCCGAGGGUGAAAGGGGUCUUGGUGCAACGGUCGUCGGUGGAGCAGGAGGUGCUUUCGUCGGACAUCACGUUGGAAAGAAGUCGGAUCAUGGAACUUUGGGAGCUGUUGGCGGUGCUUUAGCCGGUGCUGUUAUGGCUAAUAUGGCAUCGAAGGCGGUUAAAGGGAGUCACCACGGGCAUGGCUCUGCUCAUGAUCGUCGUCGGGAGAGACUUGAGAGGCGACUUGAUCGAUUGGGUUGA